ACUGUAAACCAUUGUACAAGUAAAAUUGGGAGACAGUACUAUAUUAUUAUUAACUGAUCUCAAUGUAUCUGCAGGUUAUCUUUCCAGUCUUGAGAAACCUAUCCAUGGAACGCCUGGGCGAGUUGAAAAAGAUAUGGAAUGGCCAACCUUCACCCGCCUCCUUCUCUAAAUUAGAAGAUCUCACUGUCAAGCAUUGUGACAAACUACUGCAUUUGGUUCCGACACAAAUGCAAAAUAGAUUGCAGACAUUAAAGUACAUAGGUGUACAUGGAUGUUCUUCACUGGAAGGGAUUUUUGAAGUGAGCGGAUUGACCGUCAAUGAAAGGAUUGCUUCAGUUUCUCGGACAGACAAAUUACCUUCAAAUAUUUCCCAACCUGAUCAAGGACUGCAAAUAAAUGAUAUCAUGGGUUGGAGACAAUCUUGCCAAGGCUUUCAGAAUUUAACCGAACUGCGUAUUACUUCUUGUGGUAGUUUGAGAUACCUGCUCUCUCCUUCGAUUGCUGGAGGUCUUGUCAAGCUCCAAACACUAGUGAUAGCGAAUUGCCAGAAGAUGGAAGCAAUAGUCGCAGCAGAUGAGGGUGAAGAAACAGAGAAUGAAAGCAUGCUCCCUCGGCUAGAUUGUUUGGAUCUUUUCAAUCUACCAAAUCUUGGAAGCUUUUCGCAAGGCAGAUAUACUUUUGAUUGGCCACUAGUGAAAUGGAUCCGUAUUAUCAAGUGCAACAAAAUGAACAAAUUUUGUUCAGGAUCCCUCCGCAUAUCCAGGGCAGUGAACAUAACUGUCCGAUCUUCUGGUAAGAGUGUAGAGCGUGAGCUCAAGGAUAGCAGGAAAACAGGCUGACCAGAGUAGCUUGGUACAGGUUGGUUGGGAUGUUGCUUAUGUCUACCGCAUUUUCUGCUCAAGCCGACUUCAACCUGUGGAGCAGUGGCGACACAGUUCUAUCUAGUUAUGUGAUAAAUAGAAAAAAAAAAAAAAAUAUAGUUGGUUUACUGUGUAGUUUGAAUCCUUGUAAUUU